ACAGAGCGUAAUACUAGUGAGAGCACAAGUACCGGGGCAAGAACAAAGCUCAGAGCUCCCACGGAGUUUCUAAGCUUAUGGAAAGGGCUUUGUAACCAACAGGAACUAUUGCAGCUCUUUUAUCCUCUUUUAUUAAUAAUUAAGGGUUUUGUGCCGUGCUGCAUUCAUGGGUCAGCCUAUUAAGCGCAGGCCCAGGACGGCCCCAGCAGUAAGCGAGGUGUACAUUCUGAAUAAGAGAGAAGAAGAAAGCCUGUGUGCAAAGCUGGAUGUGAUGCACUAUAAGCACCAUGUAGGUCUGACAAGGCUCAGGCAAGAUACUGACCAAAUUGCAAGGCAAGGGCAGAGUUUGCUAACCCAAAGGGCAGUUACCCCACAGUCAACGCUGGAGCACAUCAUGAACGAAAUUCAGACCUUCAAACAAAACAAACAUUGCAAACGGAGGCCCCUGGGUACUUUACCAGCUAGUACAGAGAUAAGCGUUGAGGUAAUCGAUAUGUAUUCAAAAUGGCCGUCUUCUUCCUUUGUGCCUCAAGACAUGAACGGAAGAAGGCAGAGUUUCUCUGUGGCUACACCAGAAAGAACGUCUCUGAACAGGAAGCUGAGUGCAACAGAUCAUAAGGAUCUAGAGUAUUCCCAGAAAAGCAUGGUUUGGAAAAAGAGGCCAAAUUCUAGUUUGCUUCAAAGGUCGGCGAGCGGGACUGACCUGCUGACAUACAAGGAGCUGGGAGGGAUUGCCCGACUGGAGAGUAUUUCCAUAAGGGAAGCAGAAAAGAGAGAGAAGCAGAAGCUUUUGGCCAGACAAAGACUCAGCAAUUCCCUUGACAGCGCAUUACGGCAAAGAAUUGAUCAUUUCUUUAUGAAACUUGAAUCACGCUGAAAAUCUUACCAGAUGGUUCUACCAGAGAGGGUUUGAACAAAACCAAAAAGGUACUCCUAAUAUCCAGGAGUGUUUUGCCUUCACUGAUUCACUUAUAUACUGUGAUAAAUUGAACUAAAAUAUGUUAGCGGCCAGGCACUUGGAAUAAGCAAUGGGAAGGACCUUCCAAGGGUUCCGGAAUGGAAUACUGGACUGCUUAACACUAUAUCUAAUAGGAAGGCAUCAGCCAAGUCAACAAUUUGGGGUUUUACCAAGACAUCUGAUAUCACAGAUACACCAGUGGGCUUCUGGAUCAGCGGAGACCUGCGCUUUGGCAAAAUCUGCUUUUUCUUGUAUUUGAAUCCUCCUUUUUUAUUGAAAGUAAUUAGAUUUAGAUUUUAAUUAUCACUGUAAAUAUCAGCGUCCGUCACCCUCAUUAUAUAGCAUACUAAAUGGUAUUGUAGAAGAAACCAUGUAAAAACACACUAAUACCAAUAGACUUUGGAUAUUUUUUCCUACUUAUCUUUUCAGUAUGUAUGUAUGUAUAUCUUUAUUUAUAAAGCGCUACUUAUGUACGCAGCGCUGUACAGUAGAAUAGAUUAAUACAAACAGGGGGUUAAUAAGAUAAUAAUAGAUAAAUACAAAGUAUAACAAUAAAUACAAGGUACAGUUGCAAUAAGUUAAGAGUAACUGCUAUUGACUGUAUAAUGUUACAGUGUAUUGUAAGUAAGAAGCAAAUUUGAGCUGUUCCUCAUAUCAAUGUAUGUUUAAUUGACUAAUUCAGUGUUUCCACUUGACAUAAGCGAAAAGAAUAAAGGGUGGAGCCUAUAACAACUACUUGACAUAUAAUUAUUUUUAUUAAAAGGCAUUUAUAAAGAGGGCUCUGCCCAAAAGAACUUACAAUUGAAAUUUAUAUUAUCACUAUGUGGAUAUGUCUUAUUCUCUAAUACCUUGUACAUAUGUGCAUUUGGUAUAUCAAAGGCCUGAACUCAUGUUAUUUAAUCUGCAAACUAAUUAUAUUAAAAUUACGUAUACAGA